AUGUGGACGUGGUUUUCGCGCUGUGUGCCUGGCUUAAGCUUGCUAUCGCUGAUAAUACUGCUACUCGUGGCCUUCCCAGAUAUCACAAGCGGAAUCUCCCAUUUCGCGCCUUGGUCAGGGAAUACUCCAACGACGAAGGCUCCCGAUCACGGUCACCAUGGAGCGUCCCAACACACCUUACCUCUGCCACUGGCCCAAAAGAUCUUCAUCGGAUACACCAUACUGGUGCACACGAAUGCUCUCACCUUCGUGGUGAGGUUGUCAUGGGCACUCUCCCGCAUGACACGCGCAACUCGCGCGGUGUUGCGUCGACGUCCUGCAACCAAGUCCUUCCGCAGUCCCGCCGGUUCGGAAACCCCCCCAUUUGCUGAUAGUCCGAUUAUGACUCCCACGCUAUCCGAGUUCUCCGAUCCCAUGAGCUUUGAUAUGGAAGAGCUUGAAAGCGGCGACGGUGGCGAAGUCGUGCAUGCUAUCAUCCUGCCCAACUACUCGGAGGAUUUGGAAACACUGCAGACUACGCUGAAGGUUCUUGCAAGCCAUCCACGGGCUGCAACCCAAUACGAGGUCUUCCUUGCCAUGGAACAGAAGGAAAUAAAAGCUCCCGAGAAAGCAGUAACUCUCAUAUCGGCUUUCCAGGGGCAGUUUCGUGAUAUUUGCGGCACGUUUCAUCCGGCUGGCCUGCCUAGGGAAAUUAGUGGUAAAGGGUCCAAUGUCGCUUGGGCUGCAAAGCAUAUCGUAGAGACACGCCGCGAUGCGUCUAUCGAUACACGGGACGUGAUCAUCACGGUCAUGGAUGCCGACACCCAUCUUUCGCAGGAUUACUUCAAUGAAAUCCGCCGAAUUCACUGGCAGCAGAACGCCGACGCAGAGCGUGCAUUCUAUGCCUCUCCCAUCAUAUUUGAUCGCAACUCAAACGAUGUUCCAGUUCUGGUGCGAUGUGCUGAUUUACUCUGGAGCUUCGCUGGCAUCUCAGCCAUGUAUCCCGGUUGUCCAAUUGUCAUCCCUACUUCCGUUUACUCUCUGCCACUUGCCCUUGCAAGGAGAGUCGGUGGGUGGGACGGAGACACCACUGCCAUUGGCGAGGAUAUGCAUAUGCUUCUGAAAUGCUACUUUGAGACGGCAGGAGACGUUAUUACACACUUCAUUGCUAGCCCGGCUAGUCAGUGUAAUAUUGAGAGUUCUGGUGAUGGAAAUUGGGGCCCUUACUCGUCAACCCUGUUUGCUCGGUAUCGCCAAGCUCUUCGUCAUAUGUGGGGAGCACUUGACACGGGAUAUUCCGUUCGCCAGAGUGUGGGAGGCCUUUCAGGCAAAGGAUCUCAGCGACUGCGCCUUCGGACUCGUCAUUUGGCAUUACUGCAUCUCCUGUUCGAAGCGCAUUUUCUUCCGAGCCAUUUGACGAUUCUCCUGUUAUUCUCCGCUCUAUACACCGCAUUUGUCCCCGCUGAGAAUAUUCACCCGACUCUAGCGUGGGCGUUUUUCAUUACUGGAUUUCUACGUGGAAUGUCUUUUGUCGGAAUGAACGCGUGCAUUACUUUGUACGACCGCUGGUAUUCAAUCUGCAUUAGGUCUCGUGCGAAGGACAUGGCAAAAGCCGGUUUGAACGAUACCGGCUUCUCCUUCCGAACCUGGUUCCAACUUAAACAACUCUCUGAACGCAUCUGCUUCCCGAUCGCCGGCACUGUUUUUGGCUCAAUUCCUGCCAUCCAGGCUGAGCUGUCGCAUUUUUUCACCGAUAGGCUUGUUUAUCGCGUUAGCAAAAAGCCGUCAUUUGCUUCGACUCCUGUUGCUCUCCCCGCAUAA